AUGAUGUCCACAUCGUGGCAACAACGUCCURGGUUCCCUAGUCUAGCGGUUAUGACGUUUCCUUUACACGGAAAAGGUCGCGAUUUCGAUCAUCGCGGGAACCUCAAAAGAUUUGAGUUUUUUUGGCUCCUUGGAGAUUUUCUUUUGCCUCUGUAUAGCGGGAUACAAAAUAUAACUUAG